CUCGUCAAGUCCCCGCUAACCGAAGAUUUUUUCCCUCUUAUCAGUUCUGGCCUCCAAACCCAACAAAACAGAGCAGAACUCAGCAGUUCAUGGCUACUUCCAGACUAUAGAGACCCAAAAAACAGCACAAAAGGCUGCAGAGAUGGUUCUUCUUCACCUCCCAAGAACUCACAUAUCUCUCUGCAACCAUUUCUCUCUCUUCUCAAAACCCAAAACCCCCACCUUCAACAUCGCCACCACUCUCCACCCAAUCCUCACCUCCAAACUCUUCUCCGCACCCAAAUCGGCCCUCUCAGCCUCAGAGCCCAUCCCCAUUUCCCAAUUCCCCGGAACCCACGUCGAAAUUCCUCAAGAAUUCGAGACCCCCAUCGAAAUCCAUCCAGAAUUCGAAACUCACAUCGAAAUCCCGCUCGAGAAGCUCUUCGUGCCUCCUGAAACCGCGGUCAAGUACACCGACACCGGUGCUCUGAGCACGAGAAUCUUGAAAGGGUCCAAUAUUCUGCUCAGCAAGUACGCCAGAGACGCUCAGGUGAACCAAGCCGAGUUUGUGAAGAGCAGUGUGAGGACUGAGGAUUGCCCUGCUGACGGUCUCCCUGAGUUUGCUCUUGUGGGUCGCUCCAAUGUCGGGAAGUCCUCUCUGCUCAACUCGCUUGUGCGCCGAAAGAAGCUCGCUUUAACCUCCAAGAAACCUGGGAAAACACAAUGUAUCAAUCAUUUUCGGAUCAAUGAUAGCUGGUACCUGGUGGAUUUGCCAGGCUACGGGUAUGCAGCUGCACCGCAAGAACUUAGAACUGAUUGGGUGAAAUUUACUAAAGACUACUUCCUGAAUAGAUCAACGUUGGUUUCGGUUUUUCUGGAAUAUGCUAGUUGGCUGGGUCAGAAUCAGAUUCCUAUGACUUUGAUAUUCACUAAAUGCGACAAGCGGAAGAAGAAAAGGCAUGGAGGAAAAAAAGCAGAAGAAAAUGUGCAGGAUUUCCAGGAGUUAAUAAGUGGCUUCUUUGAGACAGUGCCGCCAUGGAUUAUGACCAGCAGCUUAACCAAUCAGGGUCGUGACGAGAUGCUAUUGCAUAUGGCCCAGCUGCGGAAUUACUGGCUCAAGCACUAGGAAAACCAGAAUCAUGCCUUUCUACCCUCGAGUAGGUAUGUUAUCAGAGUCGUCGAUGCAUGGGAGUACAAGAAGCAUCAAGAGAUAUUGUCAUCUGCUAAACCCUAAAGCUUUGUAAUUCGCCUAAACACGAAUUCCUCAAAAUUCCUCAAAUUUGGCAACCGCACAUUCUGACGGAGAAAGGGGGAGGAAAUGUGCUCAUUUUGUUAUAGCAUUGUAGACCAAUUUUGUUCUUGUUGAAAUGAAAAUACGGGUUCUUGGU